UAUAAAUACCCCGUCCAGGACGCAUUUUCCUCAGUUGAAUCCAGAACACUCUCUCUCUCUCUCUCUCUGUGGAAACGCCAUGAAAGGAUCAAAAACAGUAUCCAUUGCUCACAAAAGGCUCGAUGCAGAAAUGUUGAAGAAGCGUAAGGGUGAUACGGUUGCCAAGGAGAAGAAAAAGAGCAAGAAAAACUCCGCUGCUCCGAAGCGUCCUCCCGGAGCAUUUUUUGUCUUCAUGGAGGAGUUCAGGAAGACCUUCAAGGAGAAUUUUCCCGACAACAAGUUGAUUUCAGCUGUUGGGAAAGCUGGCGGUGAUAAAUGGAAAUCCAUGUCUGAAUCUGAGAAGGCUCCAUACGUAGCAAAAGCUUUGAAAAAGAAACAAGAGUAUGAGAAGGCCUUAGAAGAAUUCGCUAAGAAAUCAAAUGGCAAUAUUGGCGAUGAGGGGAAGACUGAAUCUGAGAAAUCAACUUCGGAGGUCCACGACGAGGCAGAGCAGGAAGCUAGCUCGUGAUGGAUGAAGGUGGGAAGGAGGUUACAGGCCUCGCAGAGUUUGUGCGGAGAUGAAUCUAGCAGCAUGGCAGUCUGGUCGCGCAAUAUUGACUCUGACUAGCUAUUUCCUUUGACACUUUCUGAUAUUCAGUGUUUGCUUUGUUUUACAUGAAAAAAGAAAAUAAAAAAGCAUGGUAAGGUAACCUGGUUGGUGACUUGGUGCAGCCUUAUUCACUGUUUCUUCUUUGUUCA